AUGGCAUCGGCACCCCGAGCCCGGCUUAAACUUGUGCAGGUGUCGGGAAAGUCUCGACGAUCCGUAGCCUGCAACCAAUGCAGGGCAAAGAAGAUCCGGUGCAAUGGUGACAUUCCAUGCGACAACUGCCUGGAUCGAGCCGAAGAAUGUGUCAUCACACACAGACGACGUCCGCGCCUCCAGAACACCCCCAACCCUGCUGAGAUUAUGGUUGUGCAAGGAAACAGCAAGCAACACAGUAAUCCAGACCCAUACUCUGAGUCAAAUGAUCAUGUGUUGGCACCUCCUUCAGAGCAGGAAAACCAGACGAUUUCGCACUCGCAACUACUGAUCUCAACUCCUCAAGAACCCCAAUACUCUACAACAACAACACAGGAGCAGAGUGAGCCACCGAUCGAUGUCUUCACCAACCAAGAUGUUGGGCAAGAGGAUAACAGCCUCUACGCGACAGACACGCUCAAUUUUGAGUACUAUGGCCCUCGCUGUAUGAUGUCUUUCUACUCCCAGCCUGCUGUGGACUGGGUAGAUUCGAAGAUAAAGACGGCAGACUAUUCCAGCACUGUGAGACGUCUCGUUCGGGAGUCGGCUCGAAUGCUCAAAAUGAGCCGCGAUGCCUUGUCAUCAUGCAGAGAGCCGGAGCCCGCCGCGGAAGUUGCGUGGCAAUACACAAAUGGCAAGUCUUCGUUUAAUGUCCUCUAUUCUUACUUUGCAGAGGGACUGGACCUCCCUUGGGGCCUUGUGGAGCGCACUUUAUUUGAAUCCCGGCUUCGGGCACAUUUCAGUGGGACCAAUAAUCCGGUCACAGACGACAAGGGCUGGUACGCGCUACGCAACAUCAUCUGGGCGCACGGGUGCCAGAUUGUUCUUUCCAAGACUAGGACCUUCCACGAGGCGUUACAGACCUCGUGGGCUUUCUUCCAAAACGCACUUUCUGUGCAUACUGAGAUCCUGUUCUUACAUACAUCGUUGAUUGGUGUACAGGCCCUCAUAUCAAUGGCAUACUUCAGUGAGGGUAUAGGUGAAGUAUCUUUACAGUAUACAUUAUGUACAGACGCUCUACGACUUGCGUGCUCGAAAGGUCUCCACAGACAGCCCUCGCACUCUUGGAAGAUUCCGCCACAUGAAGUCAAGCAUAGAAACUGGAUAUUCUGGUCCAUUUAUUGUCUGGAGAAACAAAUAUGCUCCCGUUCGGGUCGCCCAUCGAUCAUGGAUGAUGAUGAGAUAAGUUGUCACGUACCUCAAACUGUUCUCAGCGAACAGCCAAACGAUACUCUAUACUGCCACACGCUAAUCAAAAUGAUGCAAAUGGCAUCAACUGUCAAAAAGCGGCUUGCGAGUGCGCGUGCUCUCCGGCAGCCGACCGAGCAGCUACUUCAAACCGUUCGCAAUCUGAAGCAGGAUCUCUCAGAACUCAAGCGCUCGGUGAAGCAGAAUAUUUUUCUUGACAGCGCGAUCGAUGUCACUCGACUACCCGGUGGUCUUACCUUACGCCAGGCACAAUCACUUCAAUCCCAUUAUUUCUGUCUGGUGCUAGACAUUAACACCCCUUUAACCUAUCCGUGGCUAGGAAUCUCUGCCUACCUAGAGGAUAAUAUGGAAGUUGCUUCCCAGGUGCAUGCGGCCUAUGACGAUGUGGCCAGGGUUUCGCGUUCUGCUAUCCUGGCCACCAGACAGAUAAAUGUCGACGGCGGCUGCUCUGCCUUAAUUGCACGAUACGCACCAUUAUACAGUUUCGUCAACCUCUUCAUUCACAUUUUAAGGGGUACUAAUCUGCCCACUGUUCAAUCAGAUUUAUUGUUGUUAGAUGUUGCAUUGGGUUACUUCUCAAACCUCGAAUUUGUUACCAGUCUCCGGCUGCCACGACUUUUUGUGCGAGAGAUGUGCCACUUUGCCCGCCUUGCUGUAGAGCACAAGGGCGACAGCCGAGAGGGCAAUCUUGAGCAAACAAUCAAUGGGGACAACGAGGCCAAUGAUGCUCCCCAAGAUGCAAGUCUAACGACUGUCUCGGUAGACCAAUACUACACAAGUACUCUUCCUUUAUCCGAGCAGGAUUUCUCUGGCUUUCUUUUGGAUGAAGAUCUUGAAGCGUGGAGCACGCUUAUCCCGCUCGAGGAGGUGUCCGGUCUAAUGUUUUGA